AUGCGCGGCGGCAAGCAAUUCAUUACUCUCCCUGCUGGCUACUUGGGGUCUUCAUUGAUCGGCGCUUUACUUACAUUCUGCGGUUUCAACAUCGUGGCCUCCAAAGUAGCGAGUAUCGUGCUAGGCGUAUGUUUCCUACUGACAUUGUGGUGGGCGAGAAAAGACUGGUUGACGAUUGUGACCAUUCUGCUCAGUGUAGGGUUGCUUGUGGCGUUCUGGUUCAUCGAACAUGGCGAAGCGUUAAGGUUCAUGGUCCUCUUUAUCGGCGUCAUGUCUUCUCUAUACAGCGUGUGGGACAUCUGUGACGACCUCAUCCUCCGCAAGGUUAAUUCUUCCGAUGCCAGCGUCUUCGCCAAGCGGUAUGGCGGUUCAUCGCAAUGCUGGGGCGUCAUCUGGUCACUUGUCUCGUUGAUUUUUAUGGUUUGCGGAAUCCUCGCGGGGUUGGCAGCCUUCAAACAGAGUUUCGAACAACAAGAGAAGGACAGUCAAGACUUCAUUCCUACCGUGCGCAUGAUGAUGCGGGUAUGA